AUGGGAAGAAUAGUCAAGGAGGAUCUUGGGCUUCGUGCUUAUCAUAUUACAAUUGAGCCAAAAUUAACCGAUGCUCACAAGCAAGCACGAAUUGCAUUCGCUUACUGGAUUCGUCGAUCACUGACAAAGGCAUCCAUUCAAAAGAUCUUGUUUACAGAUGAGAAAUAUUUUACUGUUGACGGAAUAUUUAAUCGACACAAUGAUCGAGUGUAUGCUGCUACUCGAGCUGAAGCAGAUGAACGUGGUGGAGUUCAUCAAAAGUCAAAAUAUCCAGCACAGAUUAUGGGAUGGCUUGAGGCUUGUUAUGCAGGUGUGACAAAGCCGAUUGUUUUUGAACCAUUUGAAAGAUUAACCCAAUACAAUUAUAUCGACGAUGUUUUACCAUUAGCAUUAUCUGAAGGUAAACGACUAAUUGGUCACACACCCUCAAACGCAUAUACCAAGAAAAUCAUGCCUAAUCGUUCUCUCGCUUUCUAA